AACAACACAUCAGCUGCAACAACAACAACAACAACAACGACCACGAAGACGACGACGGCGACGACGACGUCGUUUAACAAGAGCUGCGCAUAUACGCGCGCUUUACGAAUAAUAAUCCAUCUUUCGUACGAUUCGUCGUAGCUGAUUCUAACGUUUUCUCAUAGAGAAAACGAUAAAGUUUAUUAUUCAGCAAGUCGACUCUUGUGGUGGUUGUCAACUAUGGCGGACGACGAAGUUCUAUUCGACGAAGUUUACGAGCUCUGCGAAAUUAUCGGCAAAGGACCAUUCAGCGUUGUUCGGAAAUGCAUUCACCGACAGACCAGGCAGACUUUCGCUGUAAAAAUCGUCGACGUGGCCAAGUUCACCUCCAGUCCGGGCCUCAGUACAGCUGAUUUGAAACGUGAGGCCACGAUAUGUCACAUGUUGAAGCACCCGCAUAUCGUCGAGCUACUGGAAACUUACAGUUCCGAGGGUAUGCUCUACAUGGUGUUCGAAUAUAUGGACGGUUCGGAUCUGUGCUUUGAAGUAGUUCGACGUGCGACUGCUGGCUUUGUCUACAGUGAAGCUGUUGCUAGCCACUACAUGAGACAAAUCCUGGAGGCAUUGCGCUACUGCCACGAGAACGACAUAAUCCAUCGUGAUUUGAAGCCGCAAUGCGCCCUACUAGCAGGAAAAGAAAAUUCUGCGCCGGUGAAGCUGCGCGGUUUUGGUGUCGCUGUUCAACUUCCUGCAUCCUCGCAAGCAAACGGUGUCGAAUGUUACACGACCGAGUAUCGGCAGUGUCUGAGCCCAAAGGGGCAGCUCUACUUGAAGGCCGACAGCGAGGGUCGCGUUGGAUGUCCACACUUUAUGGCACCGGAAGUGAUUCAACGUCGACAAUAUGGGAAACCAGGUGACGUUUGGUCGGCCGGUGUUCUCCUUCACGUUUUAUUAACCGGCACCUUUCCAUUUAUGGGUUCUCGUGAUAGACUACGGGAAGCAAUUUGUAGAGGACGAGUUCAGAUGGAAACACCGUUAUGGGACUCUAUUAGUGAACCAGCCAAGGAUCUCAUACAGAGAAUGUUAACGACGGAUGUAAAUCAUAGGAUUACUAUUCAAGAAGUUCUCAAUCAUAAAUGGCUCAGAGAUCGCGAUAAGGGAGCAGCACGGGUACAUUUAGGUGACACUAUAGAAGAACUUAAAAAAUUCAACGCCAGACGAAAAUUGAAAGAUGCGGUAAAAGCAGCUAUAUCUUCAACAAAGUGGCAUGCCCCAUAUUCGGAAACCAAUGGCGACAGUUUUUCCGAUGUCGGUGACGACGAGGUAACGGCUACAGGAGCUGUCGCUGAAAUUUUGGACUCGCUCGACGAUAUAGAAGUAUUGCAAGAAAGUGGUAGACUGACGCGCGGUGAAAUUCUUAACGCCGUCGAGGACUAUCGCCUUCGUGCUAUUUUAGAGCUUUACGACAGGAUCUCAAGUCGCGUGCCAACACCAUGCCGAGCGCCGCAAACGGACGCUGUUCAACGUGCGCGGGAAGUGGAAGAGAUCCUUCGGGAAGCUGAACACUCGACUGUACGAAACAUCGAUAGGGCCGAUCUUCGAGAACUUCAAGAACUUUUGAUGCAACCACAUAUGAGGGUAAGUACCUUAACAAAUAUUAUACAAAAUUAUUUUUAUUAA